AGAAAGAAUCGGCAAUAGAAUAUCUACAAGUACGACGCAGGACAGCUAAGAUGUUGAUUGUUGUCGUCAUCACGUUUGGACUCUGUUAUCUUCCAAUUUAUGUUCUAAAUAUUGCCAGGUAUACAAAUGCCCUAGAUGGUCUGAGAGGAAACCGAGUCGCCGUGCUGUGUAUGUACUGGACGGCCAGAUUUCUAUGUUAUUUCAACAGUGCCGUAAAUCCGGUUAUAUAUAACUUCAUGAGCGUGAAGUUUCGGAAGCAAUUUAAGACGGCAUGCCACGGUUGCUAUGUCCAUUUGCGUUGCUGUUGCUGUUGCUUCAAGAAAACGAGACGAUAUCGCCGAAAUUUAACUCACUUGCAUACGCUGAAAAGCACGUUUCCAUCAACAAGGACCAAUCAAUUCCGCAUGACAUUCCGUAACGACUCCGGGAGCCCCGCUUCAGUAGGGAAAGUCUCCUACGGAGAUGCGUAUCCAGCCAUUCCAAAGUCAAGUCCCUUUUAACUCCUUAAUACGCAGUUUAAGUCGUGAAGGAAGAAAUUUGCAGGGUCAACCAAAUACAGCCAAUGGGCUUAAGCAGACCUUCAGUAACUUAUCAGCAACAACGUUAAAAAACGUUCCUUCUUGCCAAGUGUUAACUGUACCACACUCACAAAAACGAGUACACGAUAAAGUUUGAUUUAUUUCAUAAUUAUUUUGAUACUUAGUAAUAUGGGGUUCACUGGACAGUUUAUCCAUUUUGACACUAAAUAUAAUGUAAUGUAACAAAUAUGAUAUUGUACAUUAUAUUAAGUGUUAAUUUACAUUAGCCUCAUACACUGUCCUGUGAAACACAUAUUACUAACUAUUUAUUUGUGUUAAAAUUAUUUUAUGUCACAACAAAGUCCACGCCAGCUAUCAUCAUGAUAUAUCGUAACCGUCAAAAGACAAACCUGGAUCACUGGUCUGACCGUAAGUCAACAUUCUUUAUAAACUGAAUCAUCGACACAAUAUAUGAUGUGUGCGCAUGGUUCAUAAAUUAAUAACAUACGGUUACGUCCUUUUUUUUCUUGAUUAUGUUGAUACGAGUGCGUGGCUACAUGGG